CAAACACUGGCGCGUUGGAAAUGCAGUCAGCGAAGUGAGGAAUUCAACAGCAACAAUGCCGAGUUUUCUCCUUCUAGACAUGCAUCUUUUUGUCCAGUGCAUUUUGUACCUAACCCUCUUUGUGCUUGGUUUUGUGGUUUCAAUUCCUUUGGGCGUCACCACAUCAGAUUUUGAUGGACACUGCAUACUGUAUGGUGACAUUAGCUGGAAGAAUGAAACAUUCUUUACUUACAAAAUGUCAUCUAAUAUCAACUGCUCAUUGGGAAUUUACUUUGCUGUAUUUGCCUGCAUUUUUUAUGGUCUAGCCAUGGCUAUAUACUAUGGUUAUGCCAUCACCAGAAAGGAUCCAAAUAUUGGAUUUCAGAUGUGGGUGAUGCCAUUCAUCCUUGUUACUGCACUGGCAGCUAUUGUGUCUUUUAUUGCAUCCUGUAUUAUAAGCGUUGGUUUCAAGCAAUUCUGUGACAGUCUUGUUGACAGGCCAAAAGUUCCACUUUCAAGCUGCAGAGAUGGUUCAAAAAUUAACUGGAAUAUAUUGGGUAACACCAGUAUCAACCCAUCACACUAUUUUGCAUACUUAACAGUAACACAGCUAGCCUCCUGGAUAACAUUCCUCGUCUGGUCAGCACAACUGAUAUUACUGAUUCUGCGCUUUGUGAGAAACCGAAGACUGCGAUCUAAAGGCCAACUGCAGGAUACACAAGCAUCACCGGCAUCAUCUGGGCCCGAUGAUCUUCAGAAGAUUGCUUCAGUUCAACCCACUGCAUGAGUUCGUGUAGCUGGAGGUUUUAUUUCCUGGUUGCUGUAACAACUGGUAGAUAACUCGUACUAAAAGUUUAUUCUUGGAUAGCUGUAACCACUUAAUGGGAGAAAUCACAAAUGUGUUCUUCAUUACACGCUUAUUUCAAACAUUUUUUGGUUGUUAUAGUAAUGCCUGUUUGUAUGUACCCAGUACCUUUUUAACGAGAAAAAUGAUGGAAGCUAUUGGAAUGGACAGUUAUGGUGUUCUUGAUACAGAAACAUCAUGUUAUCACUUUUUAAUAUUGAGCCGAAUUUAUGAAGCCUGGUUUUUCUUAAAGGUAGGGUCAACUCAAACAAGAGCCUUAUCUGUUGGAAAGAUGCAUACCCGGACCACCAACACAUACUGAUACUUUAGCAA